CUGGAGUAUUGUUUGUUGUAUGCUGUGGACUCCCUGUUUCAUGCUUGUUUUCUGGAGAUACAAUAGUUCAUGCUGAUGAUUUCAUGCUUAGUUCAUGCUGCUCGUGCCUUGCCAACACUUGGCAGCAAUGGACUCGUCGAAAGAGUCUUCGAACUGGAUUCUGCAACAUCCGGUGUAUCACGUUAUGAAGAACCUCGGCGUGGAAGACAGUGCCCAAGUGCAUGCUGCUUUUCUUGUUUACAUGGAUCUUACUGAGCUGCGUAACUGGAAGGAGGUGUCCUGUGUUAAAAGUGAUGAACUCCAGCUUGUUUUGUUAGAGGGAAAAGAGACGGAAGGCUCGCCUAUGCAGACAGUUUUUCCACUGCCUGUGUGUCAGUUCAUAAGCCACAGAAGUAUACGACACGUGCUGGACAGAGGCUUUCCGAUGCUCCUGUGUGCCGUGGCCUCAGACUCCACGCUAGUCUACCAGAGGUUGACGGAUGGCUUGGUGACCCCCGACCCACCUGUAGGUCCUUUCCAAGAUGUUGGACGCCGCAAGCACAGGAAGAGACGACAGCAGCACUGAGCAGUUGGUGGGAAACACAAGUGAUCACACAAAUGUUUGGACUUUGUUUGAAUCAGGGUUAUGUGCACUGUUAAGAGGCUGUAAGAAGCCAUUAUGCAGGCUCCAUUGACUCUUGCUGGUCACAUGUUGUUUACUUCAGUUAAAGGAGAACUGCACUUUGUUUUAAAAUUGUGUCUAUCAUUCACAAUCGUUAUGUACGACAACAACACGUAUGUUUCUCUUUUUUUUAUGCAUUCUAACUAGUAAAUACCAUAUUUUCCCUACUAUACAGUGCACCGGGAUAAAAGCCGCACCCACAAAAUUUUUGAGAAUUUUUAUUGAAUGUUUAUUCAAAUUUGUUUCAAAAACUGUGCCUGUAAAACGGCUGAUCAAAAAAAAAAAAACAGAAUUCAUCGUCAUGGACCCACUAACUGCGCAAGCUAGCUUUCCAAUCAGCUAAACAGACUCAGUAUCUCCACGGUGACGGUUUGUUGAAUUUACUGAGGAAUUUAUGAAACUGGAACGAUACCAAAAGAAUGCCAUUGUAAGUUAAUAAUACUAACACAGACACUUGUAAACGUGUUAGCAUGUUCGCUAAUGCUAAAGACGCGAGCUUCAUUACAUUACGAUAGCACAUACAAAUAAGCAUGAAAACACUGCUACAGACAUCACACAUGGGACAGUUUAGUACAGGGUCCUCAAACUACGGCCCGCGGGCCGGAUGCAGCCCACCAGCAUCCAAAAUCCGGCCCGAGGGAAGUCCAAGUUAAAAAAAUACAAAUAUA